UUUCCCUUGUGAAGAUGUCCUGCAAACAACGCAUUCCCUCUGACUGAACGUUAGAAUUUUGUGGUCUGUUGUACUUUUUAAUGAUUUUUAAACAUUGAUUUCGAUUUAAAAUGGAAGAUUGUUAUCUGGGCUUUGAUUUUAGCACUCAACAGCUGAAAGCUGUGGUUAUCAAUGAUAAACUCAAAGUAACACAUCAGGCAACUGUUAAAUAUGACAUUGAUCUUCCCGAGUUCAGAACUCAUGGAGGUGUACACAAGCAUGAUGAUGAGGUCACAGUAACAGCUCCUCCUAGUAUGUGGAUAAAAGCACUUGAUUUGAUUCUGGAUCUACUAAGACUUCAGGAUUUAGACUUUUCCACUGUUGUAGCUAUAUCAGGUGCUGCACAGCAACAUGGUUCGGUCUAUUGGAAACGUGGAGCUGAAGAAAUUCUUGAUGAUAUAGCUGGAAAUAAUUUUUUGUAUGAUCAAUUACAGGGAUGUUUUAGUGUGAGGGAUUCUCCUGUCUGGAUGGAUGAAAGUACUUCCCUUGAAUGUGCCCUUCUAGAAAGAGCUACUUCGGGGCCUUUACCUCUUGCUAGAGUGACAGGAUCUCGUGCAUUUGAGAGAUUUACGGGAAAUCAAAUUGCAAAGUUAUUCAGAAUGAAACCUGAUGCUUAUAAUAAUACCGAGAGAAUCUCCCUUGUUAGCAGUUUUGGGGCAACAUUAUUCCUAGGUCGUUAUGCACCUAUUGAUAUUAGUGAUGGCUCUGGUAUGAAUUUGUUAGAUAUCCAUUCCAAAGAUUGGUCAGAUUUUUGCCUAAAUAUGUGUGCCCCAAAUUUAAGAGAAAAGUUAGGGACACCUGUUCCUUCUUGUACUGUUUUAGGAACAAUAGCAACUUAUUAUUGUGAACGCUUUGGUUUCUCAGAUACCUGUAAGAUUGUGGCAUUUACAGGUGACAAUCCUGCUUCUCUUGCUGGUACUCAACUAAAUAAAGGGGAAAUGGCCAUUAGUUUGGGUACCAGUGAUACUUUGUUUCUGUGGCUUGCAAAUCCAAAACCUUCUUUAAAUGGUCAUAUUCUUUGCAAUCCGUUAGACAGUAAAGAGUAUAUGGCAUUAUUAUGUUUCAAGAAUGGAUCUCUUACUAGAGAAAGAAUUCGAGAUGAAUGUGCUGAAGGCUCAUGGCAGUUAUUCAAUGAUCUUCUUGAAAGCACUCCACGUGGGAACUUUGGUAACAUAGGAAUGUACUUUGAUUCAGCGGAAAUUGUUCCUCCUCAAGUGAAGGGAGAUUACAGAUUUAAUAAAAAUAAUGAGUUGAUCGAGCGUUUCUCAAAAGAAGUAGAAGUGAGAGCAUUAGUUGAAGGCCAGUUUCUUGCAAGGAGAGUUCAUGCAGAAGACUUUGGCUUUUCUAUACAUUCUGCUUCAAGAAUCAUUGCAACUGGUGGAGCUUCAACUAAUAAAUCUUUGAUUCAGGUUUUAGCUGAUGUAUUCAAUAUGCCAGUGUAUGUCUUAGAGUUUGCAAAUUCAGCAUGUUUGGGAGCUGCUCUGAGAGCAAAACAUGGACUUCUUGGAGACUUUCCUUUCCAAAAUAUGUUUGUUGAACCUUUGGGUUUACAUCUAAGUUGCAGUCCAGCAAAAGAUGCUGCACAGGUAUAUGGACCAAUGCUUACACGAUUCAGAAUGAUUCAAGGAAAGUUACAGAAAAGGCAUGCGCCAUUUGGUUUUGAUGAAAUUUAGAAUUUAUAACCAGAAUAUGUUCCUGAGUACCAUUGUGAAUAAUUUAGUGUUCCAUUGUGAAUGUACUAUUGUACUGUUCCAGUGUGAAUAAUUUAUCUUGUGUUACUUAAUAAAUGUGCAACUGUUUAAUAGAAGGGUGAAUGAUUCCUUACCUAAGCAGAUUUCUUAACUGUACUUUACAAGAAAAAAAAAAGUUCUGCACUGUGAUUUUCAAUGGAAAUUUAAUGCAUUGCAUCCUGCCAGUAGAUGAAAUUAUCCAUACAGUUAUUUCACUAAUUUGAAACAGUCUGCAUUAUCUGAAACUUUAGUAAUUUCAAGUUAAUGUAUGUGUUUUCUAACCCAUCACACUAUUCGUAAGUUUUAUAUGUUGGUCCUGUGCCUUCCAUAGUCUAAAUUAUAUUGGAUAUUCUUCUUCUUUUUCUUUCUUUUUUUUUAAAGCAGAUAUAAAUUAAAAGAUUCCAUUAAUAUUCAUCAUAUCUCAAUCUAAAUUUUUAGAUGAAAUUUCAAGCAUGAUGCCUAUGCCAAUAUGAUUUAUAGUUUGUUUCUUAAAAAUAUAAUUGAAUGCAAAGAUUGACUGUUUCUUCAUUGGUAUAUGUCUAUAUACAUUAUGUCCACAAAAGUUUACCGUUCUUUAUUUUGGCCGGCCAAACAACAAAUGUUUUGGGCAGUGCAAUUAAGUGCUAAUUGUUUAAUGUAUUUUAAAAUGCAAAUUUUAUGUUUAAAGUAAGUAACAUUUGUCAUAACACAACACAUAUCUAUGAUGUAGCCAUGAAAUUAUGAUAUCUGAAAGUGUUGAGGAAGUUAUGCUGUUAACAAUAUUUAAAAUUGUGGUAUUAGUCAUAGAUAUAAAUAUAUAUUAAAAAUAGGAGGAAUAUACACUAAGAUAUUGGAAUAUAUAUAAAUUUAUGAAAAAGAGCUUAUUUUCACUAUUGUAGCAUAUAUGCUAAAUGUGUGUUUUUAGAUGUAAAUUUUACCUGUAUAUUGUUUAUUUGAAUCAAAAUAUCAAUAAUUUUACUAGAGAAAACAAACAGAUAACUGUGUCAUUCCAUAUUUAUGAAUAUGUUUGUAAGUAAAAUUAUAUAAUAAUUAUAAUUGCUUUCAAAAUGUCUUUUUCUAUCAUUAAAAAGUUAUUAGUUCUUAUAUUGAAUUUUAUAUUUUUGAGGCAUUCGAAAUUUAAGGAAGUUUCUAUGUUAAACAAAAGCAUUCUAGAUGAGAUACAGACUUUGUUGUUGCCAGUAUAUUCAAAUUUUUGACUCUUGUGCAGGUUAUACCCAUAAAAAAUUCUUUUGAGGAAAAUUUAGUCUCUUUUCUGAAAUAGAGAUAGUCAAAUAUAUCACUCUAUCGAGAAAAAUUUUGAUGAGCAAAUGUUGUAUAUAAUAAAUUGAAUACAUUUGAUCCAACAUAAGGAUUUGCAAUAAUUAUUAUUUAUGCUAUUUUGUGCCAAAUUACUAACUCAAGUUCUUAAGAAUUAAUAGCAUCAAAGCAUCAAUGUUACAAGCAUGACAAUUUGAUAAACUCAAUUGAAGGGAGAAACAUUUAAAAAUAGUGGGAUAUAUAUCCACUAUUUAUAAUACAUAUACAUACACAUAUAUGAAAAUACAUUGCCAUGCCUUUGGAUCCACUAUUUCAUUAUCCAUGAAUGAUUGUGAUGUAGGGGAAAAGAUUUUUAAGAAUUGUAGACAUAUGGCAUUUAUACCAGAGAGAACUGGUUCUAAUAAAAUAAAAUCUUCCAGAUCAGACAUACCCAGCAGUGUCAUCACACAGUAAUCGUGACAAUAAUAAACAUUCAUAUGUGAUUCAGGCUGAUAUUGCAUUUCUUCCCUAGUGAUCAAGAAAACGUAAUUAGUUAUUUGCCUUAUCAUUCUUUGAAACUAUAUGCUAUGUUGUAAAGUAUAUUUCAUUACAUUUCUGACCUAAAUUCGUUCAAAUAUCAGAAUUUCUUACUUUCAUACAUGCUAAAAUAGAAAAUGCAUUGUUAAAAUUCAGUACUCAGUAUUUCUAUACUAUUGGUUAAUUUGAUGUUGAUAAUAUCUUAAUCUGCAUAAUUAAUUAAUUUAUCAUAUUCGUUCUCGCCAUUAGAAUUUUACGUUAUAUGUAGUAUUAGCUAUUUUACAUAAUUUUAUAGUCACGAUAGUUCUUCAAACAUAUUACAUGCAGGCACUUAGGCAUUGCUGUGAUAUUUUAUAGUUGUGAUACUAUUUUAUUAUAGUACAUAUACAGUAUCUACAGAAGUCCUUACGCAACUUUUAUUUUGCAACCAUUGGUCUCAUGGAUAUAUGCUUCAAUUAUAAAAAUAUUUUAAAUGCCGCAAAUAUUCACGUUUUCUCCAUUUUUUAAUUUUAGAAAACAAAUUGUUUAAAAGCUCCAAAAUCUUAGUUUUUUUAUACAGAUCCCAGUCCUAAUAUUUAUAGUGAGGAAAAUUUAUACUCCUUAUUAAAACAAUACGAAAAGUGUGACACCCAUCUAAAAAGAACUGACUGAAAUAGUUAAAUUUAAAGCUAGAUAUUAUAUUCAGGGGGUCACACAUAAACUGAAGAACAAAAUGUAACAUGUUAGUUAAGAAAAAAAUUUCCAUGGUUAUAGGUGUUGAGAAUUUUAAUGAAGAUUGUUGUGAAAAGCAUCGAUUGAUAUGAAUUUUUUAGAAAGGUGAUCAGACAAAAUUCCAUGUUGUAGAAAGCACUUGUAGAUUUAGGUAUUGGCAAAUAAUCAAAUCAUAAUGUAAUUUGCAUAAAUUGAAAUUAUUUCUAGUUUAAUCAUUUUUUGUGUAUUAGAUAUGAUUCUAAAAUAAUGAAACUUCACAAGAAUAUUAUAACAUAUUUUUAGCCUAUGAUAAAUUAUAAAUUACUUAUAUAAAAAUUCCUUUGGUAUUACCAGCUAUUGUAAAAUUAUAAAUUAAAGAAUGUAAUUAUUAGUAAGUCACAAAGGGAUGUCACUGAAGUUUAUUAAAUGGAAAUAAAAACAACCUUGUGUUAUCCUAAUCUAUUUUUUAAUUGACCCCUCAAGUAGGACGGUAACUUCGUUUUUCUGGUGCUGUAAAAUCCAUGAAAACUGCAAAAUUUGAAAUUAAAUACCCCGUCAACUUUUGUCACAUAGAAACCAAAGAUUUUCUGUUUUAUUUCUUAUAAUGACUACAAAAUUUCAUUAAAUAUAACUAUAGGGACCAUUAGAACAUAUAAAAAGAUGAAAUUUCAGAUUUUUUUUUUUUUUACAAAAUAUACUUCUUAAAUUAAAAUAUGUUGAAAUAAAAAGCUUUGUGUCAUUUUUAAACAAUAUUGUAAUUGGAAGUGUACAUCUAGCACCAAUGGUUGGAAAAAUAAUGGCCGUGUGAGGACUUUGUGGACAACAAUGUGCGUGUAUUAUAUAUAUAUAUUAUAGAUAUAUAUAUAUAUAGAUAUAUAUAUAUAUAUAUAUAUAGCUGUUUCAUAUAAUAUAUAAUGCAGUUGAAGCAGUAUUAACUGCAUAUAUAAUAUGAAAGAGCACUUUGACAUUUUUAUCAUGAAUUUUCUUAUAGAUGUGAUAAUCAUUUGUUUUCUUUUUAAUACCAUUGUUUUAUGGUGGGAAACCCUUAACAUAAAAUAACAAAUUUGAAAAAUACAUUUCUGUCGCAUGUUUCUCUCCAUUCUCAGCAAGUGUAACAGUUAAAUUUGCAACUGUAUUUUAAGUACUUAAGUAUUUUGCUUUUAUGCCAUAUGCAUUUUUAUCAUUUGUGACAUUGUUUAGUGUAAGUACUAAUUAGGAAACAUUAGUUCUGCAAUACAAUAAUAUUUAAGUACUCAACUGUAUUCAUUUUUCUUAUAUUUAAUGUUUAGAAAU